AGUCAACAUUCUUCAUUGAAUCUCACUGAAGAUCAGGCUCUUCAAAUCACCUGAGAUGUCUUUCAGUGAUCAACAGUGCAAGCAACCUUGUGUGCCACCCCCAUGUCUUCAAAAGACCCAAGAAAAGUGCCAGGCCCAAGCUGAGGAGGCAUGUGCCCCCUCAUGUCAGGACCCCUGCCAAGAUAAGUGUCCACAACAAGCUCAGGAGGGAUGUGUUCCUCAGUGCCAGGAGUUCAGCCAAGGAACCUGCCCACAGCAAGGCCAAGAUCCAUGUCUACCUCCAAGCCAAGACCAGUGCCUUCCUCAGUGUGCAGAGCCAUGCCCGGAGUUAGCACAAACAAAAUGUGUGGAAGAGUUCCCACAGAAGGUACAGGAGAAGUGUCCAUCCCAGAGCAAGGGAAAGUAGCUGCUCAAAUGCCAUCUGGAGUCAAGAAGAUGGCCAACAGAAGAAAAUACAACCCCAGUCCUUACGGUGACCUUCUCCUGUGGGUAUCUCUGUAUAAGAUACUGUCUUGUCUCCUGACUUCCUCAGCAUUCCAGGACUUGGUCUGUACCUCUGAAGAUAGUUCUCUGUAUUUUAUUAACCUCUGUGAAUAAGUGUUCUCAGCAGCUGGCAAACAGUCAAGAGUAUAGGAGAGUGUGAUAAUCAAGGCAGAUCACCAAAGCCUAACAUAGCUCUCCUGGGGCAAAACCCCACUUAGCUCUUAGUCCAUAAGGGCCAAGGAUGCCUUCAUCCAUCUUUCAGGGUGCAAGGCUCUCUUUCAAGCCUCAAGAGAAUCUUAAUUUAACAGCUUUACGGUAUUAAGAAGAAGUUGGUGAUGCUACAAAAUCAAAAAUGGUUUAAUUUUGUUUCUACAUCCUAAUCAAAAAAAAAUGACUGGACAUUGUAAUGUGAUCUGUGCUUUGUAAAAUUCAAACAAAAUGUUUUCAAAGACUUAAUUCAAACAGCCAAUAAGGAACACAAAUUGGGAUCUUUGUGAAUCUUUGUGCUUCGUAGAUGAACUUCUUUGGACCAUUUGGUUUGAGAGGGCUUCAGAUAUUGUGUCUGGUCUUUAGUUUGUGUCUCUGCGAUAGGAGCUGGAUUGUCUCCAGCUUUCUUGCCUUUUCCCCUUGGUGAAAGUAAAAUAUAUAAUAAAGCUCUUCCUAAGGCU